ACUUCCGGGUAACGGAACCGGAAACACUUCUAGCUUGCAGAAAGGCGGAUCCCUCUCAGCUACUUUGCCUUUCAGAACUUCUUUUGAGCCUAUAUUUACCUGCCAUUCCUCGGCGGGUCACGCCAAAUACAACAAAAUCGUUUUUUUAAGUAUUAAAACGACUUUUUAUUCAGUAGAGUUCUAUAACUUUACACACCACGACGAGAGGAGGAGAUUUCAAGCUAUAGCUAGCUAGCUAACUUUAACGCACUAGCUUGCAUUUAACUUGACAACUGCCCUGCAGCAUAAUAGGGGAAGGAUCAACACCGGAGCAAACACAGGAAGAUGGGAGAUAAAGAAUUGAUGUGGGCAUUGAAGACCGGAGACCUCGAUGAGGUGGAAGCCAAACUGGUAACGGCUGAAGAUGUAAACCGGACCUUGGAAGGUGGGAGAAAGCCUCUGCACUAUGCUGCAGACUUUGGUCAGACAGAUGUGGUGGAGUACCUAAUUUCUAAGGGAGCAGAUAUUAAUGCUCCAGACAAACACGGGCUCACUCCACUGAUCUCUGCCUGUUUUGAGGGUCACACCUCCUGUGUCAAGGUCCUGCUAGAAAAGGGAGCUGACAAAGACCGAAAAGGACCGGACGGCAUCAGUGCCUUUGAAGCGGCCGAGGACGAUGCCAUAAAGGCUCUGCUCAAGUGAGACAGCACAGUGUUGGAGGUGGCUGGGCAGGUGGGUGAAUGGACAGACAGAUGGAUGCAGUGGUCCCCUGACAGAAGAUGGACUCGCCUCUUUUACCCUGAUCAACCUUUGUCUUACCACUGCUUUUGUCUGUUUGUUGGAGGGUCAUUGUGUCUGGUGAUUUUCCUUAACCUUGUUAUUUCCCCCCCCUCCCUCCCAAGUUUUUGGAAUAGAAUUUUCUCUUGUUUUGGCCUCUGUUUGU